AUGUUAUUCAUCUAUCUUGCGGUCUCACUUUUUGUAGCGGUUUCAGCGUCUAUGAAUCAAUUUUCGGAAAACGAGUAUGCUGACAGGGAAAAUGUUUAUGGCGAGCAACCCGUGAGUGUUUUUUUUCAGUGAUCAGAAACAUUGAUAAGACAUUUUGUUUACCAAAAGCUGCAAAAACAUACUAUUUGAUUAAACAUAAAAGUUCAUUGCAGAGUCGUCCAAACCUUGACAAAAUUCGAAGUGCGGUUGAACAAGACGUUGGACGGAUCAGCGAUGAAGUCAGUUAUGUGAGCAAACAAAUCAAUUUCGUAUUGAGCAACCCGAAAAUCUCGCCUGAAGAUCGACAGGAAGCUCUCGAAUUGAUAAAUAUCAAACACCCACGAGUUGCACCAACUAUUUUGAACCUGGUUUCUGCUUUGAGAAUGUUUUCUCCAAACAAGCAACGAUUUCCUUGA